AUGUCUGGGCGGGACGACGAGCUCAGGGACAGUUCUGCGAGUAGGAUAAGCUCCGUUCCCGUAGUGAUCCAUACAUUCGUCGAUUCGCCUUGCUCCAUCACAUCUGCACCACAGAGUAUCUUCUGGGACGAGUUUCUCCAUGUUAGAGAACGCCUCAUCUCUCGAUUCAACUCAACACGGGGUCUUUCUGGCAACAUAGAGCAAGUGGCACACGAAUGUGUUGAUUUGUUCAUGCAAUUCCUCUUUCCCAACACCCCGAUCGCCCAUGAACCGACCCUGAGAGCCGGUAUUCUUCUUCUUGGAGACGAACUCCCAGACUGUCCGUCUACGGAGAGUCCUAACCCCGAAACGCUUACGCUCAUGGCACUCUUGAGGCGCUUCACCCUCAUCACGGCGCUAUGCGCUCAUAUCAUCUCGGUUGUCCCUGAGAACCUUUUCCGGAAUCCGAAAUCGCUGUCUGAUAUAUUCUUCGAAGCGUCCAAGUCGAUGCUGAGGACCUACGAAGCCUAUGAUCUCGAGCACCCCGAUUCGACAUCCCUUACUAUCCGAAUGUGGCAUUCAUCCUACGCCCAAAACACCACUGGCAAAGUCGGUGCUUCGUGGCAUUACCACACAGAGGCCUGCUGCCUUGCACAAAGAAUGCGGUUGUUCGAUGAAGCCUCGGUUGCCCGCCCUUCGCAGAUCGAGUCUCAGCUACUUCGUAUCAACUUCUGGCAUCUCUACCUCGCUGAGAAGACUCAAAUCGCUUUCAAAAGUCGGCCGCCGAUCAUUGACGAGAGGAUAUGCGACGUUACCCUUCUCGAGAAUGGCGAUGAAGUGGUGUCGUUUCUCGAUCCUUCGCGACAAGUGGGUCAAGGGGGCCUCGAAUCUCGCAUCUUUGUUGGAUUUCACCUUCGGCGAAGAAUCUCAGCCGCGGCAGCCAGCCUUAUAAACGAUAUCGCCAGCCGCACACGAUACGUCGAGACGAACUCGCCAUCUACGAUACGGUCGGAUAGAAAUAAUGAGGAAAUAGACUUCAUGAUAGAAAGAUAUCUCAAAUUCACAGCCCUGGCCAAUGAAGUACCGCCUUGGGUACGGCGACCAGACGGAGAGGGAAAUCCAGAGGUUGAGGACAGUGUUCGGGCCUACCAAACCACCUGUUUCUGGGCACAGCGGAGCAAUAUCAUGACAAUCUUCCACUGCAUGAGACUGUUGAUCCUACAAGCAUGCAUCGACCACGGUCUUCUAAUGAUAGUUGGACUCAGCGAGAGCCCACUGUCCUGGGCAAGUCGGAAGCUUGAGAUAAUACGGGAUUUCCUAGAUGACCUACAGGGCACUCCGUUUGUUUGUAUAGCGGCACAAGGAGAGACAGCGGUUUGUGGCAGUCAUUUCUCCAGCUCACCCUUAUGGCUAACAUAUUCUGGUUGGAUUCAAAAGCCAGUGAGGGACUGGAGAUUCCCAGUGUCUUGGUUGAAGGUACUCAAGAUUGGUGCAAUCCUACGACGGUUGGCUCUGGAGGAUCAGUCUGAAAGUCACACAAAUUCGCCAUGUGGCUUUUACAUUCUGGAGCUUCAAGCAGUGCUAGCAAAGACCUGUGCUAGUACUAUCCGUGGGAAUGUCGGGGUGCCCCGGUCAUACUCAUCCACCACUUGCUCCAUGGCCGAAGCGCUCGUGAAUAUUAAGAUGUCUUGUGAUCCAGGGAGCGCCAAUUGA